AUGGAAGACACAAGUUCCCCGGAGGCCUGGUACCGGUCGUUGCCGCCGCUGACGCGAUUUUCGGUCACUGUUUCGUUUUUGCUGACGUUGUUGUGCUCUCUAAGUUUGUUGAGUCCGUACCAUGUGAUGCUCGAUUGGACCAAGGUGGUGUGGAAGGCGCAGGCGUGGCGACUGAUUUCUGAUUACUUCUUCGCGGGCACCUUCAGCAUCGGCUGGGUAAUGCAUAUGUACUUCUUGGUUACAUUUAGCGCCAAGUUAGAGACGAACGAGAUGUUCAACACAUCGCCCGGCGCAUAUCUGUGCUUCCUCGCAUUCCAAAGUUUGUCUCUGGACACGCUCUCGCUCAUCAUGUUCUGGCCCACGGGACGACCGGUUCUAGCUCCAGCCAUGGUCAUGGCCAUCAUCUACUACUGGAGCCGCCGGGAACCUUUCGCCGAAUGUCGCAUCUUUGGGUUCCGCGUCCAAGCCUAUCAGUUCCCCUUCGCGCUCAUCUUCCUGGACCUGCUCAUGGGCCACAACAUCCUCAUCAACGUCAUGGGCCUCGCAACGGGCCAUCUCUACUACUUUGUCAAAGAUGUUCUGCCGCACGAGAGGGGUAUCGACAUCCUACGAGUGACGCCUUUCGUGUUUGAUGAGAUCAUGCGCCGAGCGGCGCUCUUCGACAUGACCAACAUUAAGCAGAGUUUGAAAUACCUUCUCCUUUGGAGCCGGCCACCGUCUUGGGGCCAGAGACUAGACGUGUAUGGCGGUCAAGUCAUGGGGUCAGGUGGCGUAUGGGGCCAGGCCAACCAGGUUCCUGGGCUAGAUCACGACUUCUGGGUCUGUCAAACAAAGACGUUAUCAACUACCAAAGAACUGUCGAUUCGUUGCCCUCAAAAAUACUAG